GUAUGGAAUGUUUAUUUAGUGAAGACUUGAAGUGGAGAAUAGUAUAUUUGCAUCAAGACAGAUAUAGUAAACGAUGGAUUAGUAAACUGCUUUAUAUAAGCUAUUCAGGUGUCUGCAAGACUUUAAGGAAUUUUAGGAGAUGGAAUUGUGUAGAGAACCCUUUUAAGGGUGCUUCUGGUCACAAGAAGCUGUUCAAAGACAGCGACAUGAAGAUCUUUAGCAGAUUUUUUGGAAAUGGAAGCAAUAACAAGCAAGUGAAUAUUAAUUCCAACACUGUAGCUCUUGUUGAAAUAUUGCAGAAUUAUAUGGAAGAAGCAGAGAGAAAUGAGUUGUUACGUAGUGCAUUUAUUGCAAAAAUCGGGAAUGGUUAUGUACCUGAGCAAUUUGUGUUUCUUGAUGAAAGUGCCAAAGAUGAGCGAACACUCUCUCGUAGAUAUAGAUACUCUUAUAUGGGUACAAAAGCUCAGUCAAAGGUAAUGUUUGUUAGGGGUAAACGCUAUAUGAUACUACUAGCUUUAACAAUUGAUGGGAUUGUUGCCGUUGAGGUCAUUGAGAGGAGCUACAAUAAGAAAAAGUUUAAAGAUUUCAUAUAUACUCAAGUGAUACCUCACAUGAAUCCAUUUCCUGGCAAAAAUAGUGUUCUGAUUAUGGAUAAUGCCAGGAUCCAUUACAAUGCUGAAUGGAUUUCUGUUAUAGAGGAACUUGAGGGUCAUAUCUUAUUCUUAUUAUCAUAUUUCCUUGAUUUUAACCCAAUCGAAUUAGCAUUUUCAACCAUCAAAGCUUGGCUGCGACGAAACAAUGAUUUUGUUCUUCCUUCGAAUUCUCAUCAGAUGGUUUUGGUGGUUCCCACCUUGCGGAUUUAUUCCUCGUUGGUUCUCCUUUCUCUCCUAACGGUGAUGGUGAUGCUGUCUUCAUCUCUUCUCGCUCUCGUUUUAUAUUAA